GGGGUACGUGUUUUCUAAAAGAAAUCUGAUGUUUUCAUCAAUGUUGUGAUUUUUAAAAUGUACGCAAUCAUUGACGGAAAGAAUAUAGCUGAUCGUGACAAGUCAUGUUUAAAAAGAAAUAUGACGCUGUCAUAUUCUUAUUUUCGUUUUAAAUUAUUUGGUAAAUUUACGUAGAAACCUGGAAACUCUACGAGAAGAAAUGAAGGCCUCACCUUCGCAAAUAUUUAAAGAAGCAGAAACUUUGAAAGCUUCUUUGACAGGUGAGGGCCUAUCCACCUCUGAUACAUGGCAGAAACGUCAAGAGCUUUGUCAUCUUUUUGAGUCACUGCUUUUGAUUGAUUUAGAUUAUGCCUUGGACAAGAAAGUUGAACAGGAUUUGUGGAGCUUUAUUUUCAGAAAUCCAAUAUCAGCUUGCCAGUCAAAGGCCCGUGAACAUAAGAAAUCAAACUACAGUUAUACUAAUAGUCAGUUAUCUACUCUUCUGGAAACAGCUAGUGGAUUCUAUUUGCAACUUCUUCAAAAACUGUGUUGCGCUUAUGAUAUCGAUCUUCCUUGUCAUCCAAGAGAUUCUGUUUAUGGACUAACUAAAGAAUGGAUUAGUAGAUAUCCUGUUGCUCACCAACCAAGAAAAUCUUCGCUUUUGUACAUUUGUCAGCACUGCCUUGUACACUUGGGUGAUAUAGCUCGUUAUAGAGGGCAAUCUUUACAAGCAGAAAAUUUUUAUCGUCAUGCAGUGGACCUGGUACCAAGUAAUGGUCAACCAUACAAUCAACUUGCAUUAUUAGAGGCAGCUAGUGGUGAAAAGCUUUCAACUGUAUUUUUUUAUGUACGAAGCUUAUCUGUACAGCAUCCGUUCCCAUUAGCUGCAACAAAUCUUCAAAAUCUCUUCUCAAAAAUGUCAUCUGAUAGUAGUCCGGAAGGAAAACCUCGAAUGACAGCCUUUGAAUAUGUUACUGUGUUUCUGCAAUUCCAUGCUGUUGUACAUUUGGGUAAUGAUCUCAAGAAAACAGAUCAAAUGAUUAGCAAAUUAACAACAUCACUCCCUGCCUUAAUAAUUGCUGAAAAAUUUGAAACUUGGCAGUUGGUUCAAAUGGUUGCAGUAUGUUUGUUUGCAAUUGAGCAUACCUGGGGCUCUCUUGAUUUCGAUAAAAAUUCAACAAGCUUGGAUGAAACUAUGCUUAGUCCCGAGGAGCUUAAAGCUUCUUCUCUCAUUGAAGAGCUUCUGGCAAGUAUGCUUCAUGCUUUUUUGCUACCAGUUCAUGCUUCUUUAGAACCAAAAGAAACAGCAAGCUAUUAUACUCUACCAGCAGUAAAAAUUGUAUUGGAUUGGCUGUUGCAAGAUACACAAUUACUUCAACAUGAAGCUUUAAGCAAAAAUCCUCAAGUAUGGCAUGGGUUGUGCAAAUUAUUAAAUGAUCUAGAUAUUACUACAAAAGAAUCUUAUGAUAUUAAAAAAUUUGAGGAUAUUCCUCUUCCAGAAGAUUGGGACCUACAGUCAUUUCUUCCUCUAAAAAAGUCCCAAAGACGCCUGAAAUUUAGUCUUAGUGCAGCUACUCCAAGUGAUGAAGAAUCUAUGUGGCUUCGUGCAGUGAGACUGUGCAAGCUUGGAGAAUCCUUGGCCUGUGCUGGAAAAGAAGGGUUGAAUUUCUUAUCAGUUAAUCACAAUGAUGGAAACCGUCUCUUUAAAGCUGUCCACCAAACAGAUACAUUAUCUGAAGAAGUUUUACAACAGAUUCAAGAACUUACUGUAAAUCCUAGUCCUUCAGUAUCUUCCAGUGAUUCUGCUGUUUUAGUCAAUGGAAAUGCUUCAGAAAUCCCUGCCACAUCACUCCGUUCAAAACCCACACAUUCCGAAGGUAACCCUCAGCAAGAAGUGCGCUUUAAGCUAGAUGACGUACAACAACGCAAAGAGAAGUCGGAGUCAGAUAGAGAAGUGCAGAACGAAAAAUCUGACCGUCGUAACAAAGAUUCACAGAUAGGAAGAGAAAGACGGACUGGUAGACAGAACGUUGCAAUGCAGGCUAUUCUUCAACAACGAGCUGCACAAAUUUCUUCAAAUAUGCUAAACCGAACGCAAGAAAAAGAAAACAACUCACCACUACACCAAGAUGUGAGGCAGAAUUCUCGUCCUGUUAACCACAUUGAUGUUCGACCAUCUCAGGAAAACUGCAUAGCAGCUCAAAUUGUUAAAGAAGUUAAUCUCAACAGACCUCCAGCACAUAUAUCAGCUGAGCAGUAUAACCAAUUUCAACAACAAGUUCAUUCAAUGGCUGGAGCACCCCAUUGUGAAAGAAAUGAAUCUUGGAUCCAGCAGUAUAAUAUUCAGCAAACUGGUCUUGCAACUGUAAAUCAAGUUGCACGUGAUAAUAACCCUGUAACAAGUUACAUCCAGAAUGCUUUGCCACGUGUGGUACAGGCACCUACUGCUUUCAAUUUUCAACAACCCCAGCCACCACAACAGCAACAAUCUACCCAAAUCAUCAACAAACAGGUAACUGCUGGUCCCACAUUUAUAGCAAACCCACCGAAUGUGCUGUGGAAUUACAUGGGCUUUGUGACGCCAUACCAGCAAACGUGUGCCACCAAUCCUGCCCAAGCUGGUACGCAACUAAUAAUGCAACCAAAUGCCAAUCAAACUCCACAACAGCCUACACGCCAACAAACAGGUUUUUAUGUGAUGAAUGGUGCACAGCAAGAUUUGCCUCACCUUGAAACUUCCAAUCUCAUCCAUGCUUACAGAAGUACUGCAGCAGGCUCAACUAUUUUGUCUCAGCAGACUCCCGAAAUGAUACGGGACCAAAUGCAAGAGCACCUAGCCACACAUCCUCGAAUUUGGCCUCAAGACAACGGAAGAGCUGCUGAUAUUGCAGCAAAUCACAUUGCAAUGAACCAGGUUGUUAGUCGUGCAGUCCCUCAGACUUUGCAAAAUAGUUUAUCUGCACAACAACUGCAAGCUGGUGGAUCAUCUGUACCAUCUCAUGACAUGGCCUCUAACACAUAUUCACUCUUCAAUUCUCCAUGGCCUUCAGGCAUAACCAUGACAAGAUCAAACAAAGAAGGAGGUCAGCAUAAUGGCAUUGAUCCAGUCUUUAUGCAGUCUAGAAUCCAGUCUUUAUGGUCUGGACCUGGCCCGUCUCCCCUCGAAAGGCUGCUGGAACAGCAAAAGCAGAGACGUGAUGGUGCCACACAGUGAACUUGGCAAUUAACAGUCUGCACUGGAAUAAAAAUGAAGAAAUGAUCAGUCAAUACAUAGUGGCAUUCACUGGCUAUUCAAUGCCCUCCUACUGCAAAGAGGUGCUAAACACAUCUCCAAAUGCAUCCACUCUUGGAAGAGGGUGAAGUUGAAGAAGCAAGACAACUCAUGUAGCACUUUAAAUGAGGCACUGCAUCUUUUGUGCAUCCUUUUUAAACAAGGUGUGCUUUUCCAGGUUGCUGUACCAUGCAACUGGCUAUGCAUCGAUAUACUACCCACCAUUCUUAAUACUCGUACUGCAGAUUGGGGUUUUUUUAACAUAGCAGUGGAAAAAGAGUGCAAUCUUCUUUCAUUUGCACAUUACUUGUUGAUCAUGGAAAUGAAAAUCAUACUCUACCAUGAUGAAUUGUCAGUUAUGGUUUAGAAAUCUCGGCAUGUACUCAAUACCUGUUUUCUCUAUGUGAAAGUCUAAGAUGAUAAAUAGUUGAAAUGGGAACAUUUUUUUAAAUAUGAGCUGAGGUUGUAUUGCUUACCAAUCCUCAUACUGCAGACAAUAUAAAAGAUUUAGGUUUUUAUGCUAUGGAAGCUGCUUUUCAUAAUGUGAAUAGUUAAAUCAUCAAUAUUAAGUGCCAUCUGGUGGAAGAAAUCCUAGAAAAUGUUUUUUUUUUUUAAAUCAAAAACGAAAGUGUUUUGUGAAAUAUUGUCUCUGCAAAUGGGUUAGGAAGCUAUAUCCCAUAAGAUAUAUUUUUUUAGGUGCUAAAUCAUAGCCAUUGAAAGCUAUUUCUUUAACAUUUAAUAAUUGUUAGAUCAAUAAAGAUUUUAUUCUUGUUUUUCAGUAAAACCUUGGCCACAUAAUUUGAAAAUUAACUUUAGUCAGGCAUUUUCAAUACUAUAUGUUUUUAGAAUGUGUGCAAAGAAAGAUAUGCAAGCUUUAUUGAUAUAGUGCUUGGUAAAAAAAAAGCCUGUAACACUUAAUAGUACUUAUGUACAGUUUUAAAGAGAGAAAGUCCAAAGUUUUAUGGACCACUUAGAUUUUUUAGUGUAUGAUACGAAAUGUGACAGACCUCAACAACCAUUUCACCCUUUUCAAAUAUUUGUGACACAUGCAUAUCCUCAAUCCAUAUCAGUGUGUAGUUUUAAAGCAUUUCAGCUUUAAAAAUGCUUCAGUAAGAAAUUGUAAAUUUUGUGUGAAUCAAAAGAGAAAACAUUUUCAAGUUAAAUUAAUUUGAGCUACAAUAAUAUAGAAAGCUUAACAAUUGAAAGCUAUUUUGUUACAUACCUUAUAGAAAGUUUGAACAAAAAGAAAUACUGUUAAACCAGCAUUCUUACACCUUGAAGUUUUUCCCCCCUCGUUAGAGCAUUGCCUUCUAUUUUAAGAUUUUAAUUCAUCACAUUUUUUUAAUGUUUGAUAUUUUGGGGCUAAAAUACCAAAUUUCUUUUUUGAAAUUAAGGCAUCCUUGGUCCUUUCUUUCCAUGCUUUACUCAUAAUCUACUUUCACUCUUUCAAUGUCAUAGUUUUUUUCUAGGCAGAAAAUGAAGAAUAUAUCAAAAGAAAAAAAAUCAAAUUUUAUGUAAUUUUUUUUAAUAACUCCUUAAAAACCCAAAAGGUCAAAUGCUGAAUAGUACAUUCUUUUUACUUCACCGUUUCAGCAUAGUUUUAAAGUAUUUUUUUCUUAAACAAUUUUAUUUAAAGAACUUAAAAGACAUUUAAAAAAUUACAUUUAUUCACUUAUUUUUGGAACAUGUGCUUUUUUCUGUUCAUAACAAGUAUUUUUGGGCUAAAAAAUUGAUAAACCUUUAAAAUUUCAUUUAGUCAAAAUUAUAACCAGCUUAUAUUCUAUAGAUUGCACAUAGAAUAUGGAGUUCCUUAAUGGAACUAUAUUUUCUUGUUUAGGUGUUUUUGACAUUUAUUACAUAUAUUUUCUUGUAGUUCAGUGGUUCCCAACCAGGAAAAAUAAUAAAUUCUUGAGGUGCAAUAGGAAAGUAGUGAGUAUUUAAAAGAUAAAAUAAUAAUGGUAAAAAGGCAGCAAAUAUCAAAAUUGAAAACAUAUAUGAAAAUGACUGGUAAGAAUUCAAAAAGGAAUCAAAUUAAAAGAGAAACAAAUUAAAGCUCAUUAGCUCCCUCCUUACCCCAGCAAUUGAAUCUUAAGGAUGUAUUUAAUAAUUCAUCACCAAAUAUAAAUUUUCAAAAUUUAAAUUUUUGAAAAAUUUUAAGUAUGUUUUUCUCCACAUUCCAAUUCAGAAGAGAAAAUAGUUUUAUGAAAAACGUACUUCUGUUUUUGAAAAGUAUGUCAAUGAUCUCAGUUAAGUAUUUCCUUUCAAAUAACUAUCAGUUCGUUGUUUUGAAAUAGAAAGAAGAAGAAAAAAAACCCUUAAAAAAAAUACUUUUAUUUUUUACUUGUUUUCAAUUUUAAGAGUGAUUGAAUGAAAUUGCUUUUACCAUAUACAUUUUACUUCCAAGUUAAAACCAGGCAAAAAUAUUUACAAUAAUAUUAAUCACUUGUGCCAAGUUAUGUUUUUUUUAAAGGAGGGGACGGUAGGUAGUAGUCGAUUUCUGGAGGGGCAAUGUGCUCAAAGAGGUUGGGAACCACUGCUCUAGUUCUAUUUAAAAAACUUGACUUUAAGAAAAUUACAAAAUAUUUUUUUCAUUUUCAGAUACUAUUGUGUACUAAACCUUCUCUAUUUUUUAUGAUUUUCAAAAAUUACCGUCAAGUUAAUUUACCAAUAAUUACAUUACAACAAUCUUUCAAUGCAAUUUAGAGAUAUAAAAAUUUGUGAGUUUAAUGUUUGGAAGUUUUAGCUUUUUGAAAUAGUUUUGAAAGCCAGCGUCAGCCGACACAGUAUUUGUUAAGCAUUGUUGUUCAAACUCUAGAAAACCACUGAUUUUUAAUUGAAGAUUUAACAAAUAUCAAAUAAGAUUGUUAAAUUUAACAAUCAAAGCAGUUUUAAAUUCAAAUGAAACAUAAUUAUUUUGAUUAUGUAAUUAGUUUUUUAUGUGAAAUGUUUUUUCUACGAGAAAAAUAACUCCGUAACUUGAUUGAAAAAACUUUUCGUUUAACAAUAUGUAUGUUUCCUUGAUAUAAUUUACCAUUUAAUCUUUUGUUGGCAUAAAUUUUAGAGCUAGGUGUAACUGAAUCAAAACUUGGAAAAAUUAUUGUAAUUAUUUCUUAUGUAAAUUUAAUCCUGAUAAUUAGUUACAUUUUUGGACCUGUAACAAAGAAAUACUUUUUGUUACGCAUAAGGAGAAAUAUUAAAUUACUUCUUAUCAGAUAAACAUUGAAGAAUUUUGAUUUGUGCUUUGAAACAUUUUGUUGUAAGAAAUUAUUUUUUGAUUGUCCUAAUUGCUGUAUUAUUGCAGUAUCUAAGUAAUUUGAUAGAAGCUUUUGUAAUUAAUUUUGUUAUGAAUAAUAUUCAAGCAUGAGUGGUAUGUUGCAUGAAAUAUGGCCACAAGUACAAAUUAAAAUUUCAAAGUGAAAGUUCUUGAAGCCUUAUUAAACUGUUUAUUGAAUAUUUCUAGUCUAAACCUUUGUAUUUGUGAUUAUCUUUGAUCUCUUUAUUUUUGUUUUUUAAAUUGUGUAUUCUUUUAUAAAACUUGCAAAAUUACACAUGUAAGUCGCCAAUAAAAGUCACAUUUCA